UUUGAGUUAUCUAACUUAGAUCAGCCAUGCCAGUUUCGUAAGCCGACACAGGACACUCCAAAAUCGAGAUGUUCUCCGUCAAUUCUACAGUACCUCAGGUUGCCACAGCACUUGCCCAGAUUCCAGCAUUACUGAACCAUUUGAGAAGCAGCAAUUUCUCCAAGACUCUCAGUACUUCUUCCCAUGUUCCACAACCUAACAGGAAGGACAGACAUGCCCGCUACAAGACACAUACAGCACAAACCGUUGAGGAGCUAAUUGCCAUUUGUAAUGAUUGUUUGAAUGCAAACAGUAUCAAGAUUGUUCCACAACAUGUGAACAAAACAGAACUCCUGAGUGUCUGCAGGAACAAUCCAUUGAGGAGAAGCUUUCUGGGGUUACGUACUUCACAUACGUCUACACCUACAUUCUUUGAAAAUAAAACUGGAUUCCCAGAGUCAGUACUGAGGUCACCGAUCCUAGGGCAGAUACACCUCCAACAUUUACUCAGCCCUGCAAGUAACAGUUUUAGGCUUGAACAGAGAAGAGGAUUUGAAACAAACAAGAAGAGACAAGAGACUGCUAAUAAGGAGAAAGAGUCAAAGAUGGACACUGAAGACAAUUGGAAGAAUGCUUCGAAAAAAGUUUCUCCGUAUUUACGUAUUGUUGCUGUAUUCGUUUCACUAUAUCUGCUCCUGCGUAUUUACUUAGCUACUAGCAAUGGAUUUCUGAUGGGUGAUUUUGGUCCAAAGCCAGUCAAGACAAAUACAACUUUUGAUGAUGUACAAGGGUGUUAUGAAGCAAAGCAGGAACUGAUUGAUAUUGUCAACUUUCUGAAACAGCCACUUCGUUUCACUUCAGUUGGUGCAAAGUUACCAAAAGGUGUACUACUGUCUGGACCACCUGGAGUUGGCAAGACCCUUUUGGCCAGAGCUGUUGCUGGAGAAGCUAAUGUUCCAUUUUUCCAAGUGGCAGGUUCAGAAUUUGAUGAAGUAUUCGUAGGAACAGGAGCAAAGAAAAUCCGCACACUUUUUAAAGUGGCUAAGAGUGUUUCCCCCUGUGUGAUCUUCAUUGAUGAGCUUGAUAGUGUGGCUAGCACUAGGUCGAAUUCGGGAAUGCACCCCUACGCUAACCAGACCAUUAAUCAGCUGCUUGCGGAGAUGGAUGGAUUUGAACCCAAUUGUGGAGUAAUUGUCAUUGGAGCUACAAACAAGAGUCAAGUUUUGGACAGUGCCAUUGUACGCGCUGGCCGCUUUGAUGUGGAGAUUAAUGUUCGAGUACCUCCGUACAGAGAAAGGGUGGAAUUAUUUAGUUACUUCCUAAAGAAGCCAAAUAUCACCAUUCACAACGAUGUGAUUGUAGAAGACUUGGCUAGUAACACUGUGGGCUUCACAGGAGCUGACGUAGAAAACAUGAUCAACCAGGCGGCUAUCCACGCUGCUCUUCGCAACAGUGCCAUCAUCUGCCAACAAGAUCUGGAAUAUUCAAGGGAAAAAAUACAAAUGGGUCCAGCUAUGAAACACAAGAUACCAGAUGAGAACACCAAUCGUAUGACAGCGUACCAUGAGGCGGGCCACACUCUAGUCACUUUGUUCACCCAGAAUUCCAGACCCUUGUACAAAGUCACAAUUCAGGCACGAGGCCAAUCCCUUGGACAUACUGCCUUCAGUAUGGAAAAAGAUCAGUAUAGUACAUCAAAGGAAGAACUGCUGGCCAACAUGGACGUGGCUAUGGGAGGGCGUGUAGCAGAGGAGCUCGUGUUUGGAUCAGACAAAGUCGGCACUGGAGCUACAGCAGAUUUCCAGCAGGCCACAGCUAUUGCCCGAUCAAUGGUUGAGAAGUGUGGGAUGUCAGAGAAGGUUGGUACGAUUGUUUUUAGUGACUCUCUCAAACCUUCUGGUGCCAUGCAGGACCUCAUAGACAAGGAAGUACAACGUCUGCUGAAUGAAUCUUAUGCACGGGCCAUGGAUUUGUUGAAAAAACACAGAGAUGACCUUAACCGCCUGGCAGCUGCUUUGUUGAAAUAUGAAGUUCUUUCCAAAGAAGAUGUAGAGGCAGUAAUUGCAGGAAGGAAGCCAAAGGCAGCACUGCCUUCAAAACCAAGAACUCAGAGCAUAGUGGAAACCAUCAUCUUUAAGGACAAACCAGGACAGACCAAUUGAUAAGUCUUAUCAAGAAAAAAACAUCUUACAUGUUCAAUAAAGGACCAGAUGUACAUACAACUUGAGAUACAUGAAGUAUGUUUAAAGUUUUACUGUAAGCUUGCCCGCUUAAUUGGUGGUCACAUGAUUGGCAUUUACACUACAAUUCAGGAUCAUUUUAAGACUUGUUAAUACUCAAAGAUUGGGUGAAUUAGAAUACAUCAACUUGUUGCUGGCAUGCUUCUCACAGUUGUGAUAAAUUGGUAUGUCAACAGUUUUAAUGCAAUUUCUUUUAUAACUCCCGUGUAUUACAACUGUAAUCUUGAGUGGUUGAUGAAAAUCUUAGUGUUUCAUGAUUUCUUUUUAAAACAUGGGAAAAAAUGUCAGCCAGUGAUCAUGUCGUGAUAUCAUGCAGAACAAACAUGAGUAAAAUACAGGGACAAUCUAGAAAUCAGUUUAUGGUGAAAAAAACUUGUGAUUCUCACUGAACUGGGACGAAACAGAGGCUGCUGCAUUUGAUUACUGCAGGAAAUAAAAAUAUUGUGAUGUCAGUCAAAUGUACCGGUGCAAUGGUUUGAUGCUCCUCUAACAAUGAGUUUUGUCACUUCAGUAACGCAUGAUUAAAAUGUAAUACAUUAUACAUAGAAUAGUCCUUGUUCCUUGGUGACUCUCGGAUCUAUUUCAUGGUGUGAUGUGAACAUUUUUAAAUUUCUUGUACGAGUGCUUGCACUCUGUUAGAUGCAAAAGUACAUGUAUUACACGUUUCUUUUUGCUAAUGUGUACUUAAUGUUUGUAAAAAGUCUUUAAUAAACUAUUUUAUUGCUAGCUAUACAAAGGAGGAAGCAGAAAUGGACAUUUGUGAUCUGUGCGUUGAAGCAAAAUACCUUUUUUUUAUUAUCAUGUUACAGGUCAUUGGUUUUUUGAUGUGAUAUUCUUGCUUUAUCUAUUAUGAUAAGAUUGAUGGUCCAUGUAAAAAAAAAAACUUUCGAAAGCAGAUGUCAAUGGUAUUUGAAUCUUCUAUUAGAGAUGAUUGGAUAUUGUAUUCUUGUGCGUUGGAUAAGUGGAAGAGUGAGUGGGUGGGGUAAGGUCGAAAGUAUAACCUUGGCAGAGGAGACAAGUGUUGCGUCUGGGUGGAGGCAAGGGGAAUACAUUUAACAGCAUGAAGGGGUGGGUUUGUCAGAGUGUGGAGUUAGGGGAACAAAAUAUGUUGUCGGGAUGGAUAUAGGUAGGGCUGUGGGAUUGGGCAGAAAAGAUGACCAUGUCUAAAAACAGGGUUGGGGAUGGGGCAAAGGGUUUAUGCGAAAGAAAUGGCCAUAUGUACUAGGGGGUAUUGAGUAAAGUGAUGGGUUGUGGUGAUACAUCUGACUUCAUGGAGUGACAGGAAUGUAAUAUUUAUUUAUGUAAAUGAAAAGGUUUGGGUUGAGACACUGAGAGGCAAGAAAAUGUUAAUUAAUGGAAUGGUUUAAAAAAAAAUAAGAUAAGACAAGAGGACAUUUCUGUUAAAGGUUGGAUAAUGAAAAUAUUUUUAUUAUUAUUUUAUUGUGAUUAAAUAAUUUUAAACAA